AUUAAUAACAAAAAACUCGACGAACGCCAAAGGUUAGGUAUAAAUUUUAAUGAAUUCAGGUCGGUUCAGAAAUUAUUUAAAACAGGACAAAAUAAAAAUGCGUUUUUUCAUCCUAUUGUUAUUUGCUAUUUGUGUUUCUGCUAAAAUUAAUCCGAAAGCUCUGACCGAGUCCAUGGGACAGGAGGUUAUAGAAAUCGGAGCACCCAUUAAAGAUUUAGAGGAGGAGCCGUCGGCUGAGAAUGAAGAUGAUAAAACUACAACUACCAUCCAAGUGGCGACCACCAAAGAGACCAGGAGAGUCAAGACAUACGGACGUCGGAACACAGAAACAAAUGAUUUAGAAGACGAAAAAGAAAUCGGUAUAUACGGAGAUCGUCAUGAUAACAAAACUGUUGGUGAUGGUGAUGGGACUGUUGACAAUACAACGCUGAAUAUAACUCAAGAUGUCGCCAGAGCUGGCACCAGAAAGAAGAAAUCUAAAACCAAACAAAUCUUCAAAUUCCAACCUAACCCAAACGACCCAGAAGAUAUCGCCAGAUUUAGAACAUCCCAGGACUAUUGGCACUGCGACAUGCUCAAAUUGACUGGCACGAUGGCAACACAACCUGAUGGAAGAAUCGAAGAGAAAAAUUCCUGCGGAAUAUCCAAGGAGUUUAUUCCAUUAUUAUUACUUUGUAUUAUAAUUUAUAUAUAAUAAAAGAUAAUU